CUUUGUCUUUCUCGCUCUCACUCUCUUUGUCUUUCUCUUUCUCUCACUCUCUUUGUCUCUCUCGCUCUUUCUCUUAGUCUCUCUCGCUCUCACUCUGUUUCUCUUUCUCUCUCUUCUUCUGGAAUGCUUACUUUCCACCGCAAUUGGCUCCUGUCUACGUUUCUAACUUCACGUUCUUCUGUUACAGCAAUGAAAAGCCAUACGGUUUGGAGAUACAUGAGCAUGGCCUCGACCUUAGCGAGACCGACGGCGACGAGGAUCCCCGCGAGCAGCACCCUGAGCAUGGCGAGGGGCGUGGCAGGGGGCGUGGCUGAGGGGAGGAGCGAGACGAUCAAAUGGCUCUGGGAAGCGGACGCGAGUGAGGUGAUGUUCGCCGUUGGACACGCCCAUGGCUGCAGGCUGACGCUGGGUUGUUACACUCUGAACACACUGAAGCCUCUACGCCCUGAGCAGGUGGAGAAGGCUUUUGUCCAUCUGCAGAGACAGACUCAAGCUCUUCGUGCAUUCAUGAAAAUUAGAAAUGGAAAAUUCUGGAUCUGUGAAAGUGACCAAGAUGAAAUUCGUUUCAAGGUCUUGGAGGGAGGAGACGUCGUGCAGGAGAUGUGGCGCUUCACCAACACGCCCAUGGGCUACGAUCAGGCCCCUCUCUGGCAGGUUGUGUUCAUGCCUGGUAACCGCAGUGACGCCAGGGCUGCCGGAAGGCCUUCCCCCCUGCAGGAGGUCCGAGAGCAGUUCCCUCAUCAGAGUUACCUCAUCAUGCCCGUCCACCACUCCUUCAUCGGUGGUCCAACGAUGGCUUUGAUCGUCCAGAGGCUCAUGGAGCUCCUCAAUGACGUCAUCGCAGGCCGCCCCAUCGACGACUCGCGGCAGAUCGGAGAGCUGGUGCCGUCGACGGAGAUCGACGCGGUGAAACGCAGGAUUCGGGAGGAGUUCGAGAGGGAGCCGGCACGUCUGGAGGCCAUGAAGGAGGAGCUGCUAGCCUGCGACUCCGAGCCGAUCCUACUGAAGGCGUUUCCGAGGCCUGGGGGCGUCCCCUCCUCCGGCCACGUCUUCAGGGACGUUAGCCCGACACUCCUUCAAAAGUUCACUGCCAAGUGCAAGUCCGAGGGCGUGACGUUCAACAGCGGCCUGCAGGCGGCCAUCAACACGGCACUGGUGGAGAUCGUGACAGAGGCCGGCCUGCAGCAGGACGCCUUCAGCCUCAGCAUCAACCUUGCCACCGACGUCCGUCGCUACAUGAGCAGGAACCCGCUGGAGGUGCUGGGCCUGCACGUGCGCCCUACUGUGCACCGCGUGGUCACACCCGCACGCGUGCGCGACCACUUCUGGCACUAUUGCAGGUCCUUGCACGGGUCCCUGACGGGCAUGAUCCGCUCCGGCCUGGCGCUGCAGCAGGAGGUGGUGCGUGAGAUGACACAGCCGCCCGUUGACCCGCACCAAUACUGCAUGACGCCGCCGCCAGUGCUCAGAGACUACGGCCUCGCCAGCUUGGGCGACCUGGCCACACUUAUCAGGGGACACGACGAGCACCUCCAGCUGACGGACAUCCUCAUGGCUUCAUCUGCUCACCGUUUCCUCUUCAUGAUGCUUCAUCAGAUCUACACAUUCCGCGGUCACUGUCCUUACUCCGUUAGCUAUGACACAUCCUACAUGAGUCACGACACAGCCACCUUGAUUGCAGACAAAGUAUUAGCAACAAUCGCGGACGUUUGCAAAUAACUGGUUCUCUCUUUCUUUCUCUCUUCCCUUCCUUGAUCUGAGUGUCAACUUUUCUGUGACGAACGGUGUGUUAUAAACGACAACCGGGAUAUAUGUGUUCCCAAUUAGGGAUUUUAAUUUACCAAUACGCCUUAACUACUUUAUCAUGACUA